AUGACGAAGAACAGUCCAGAGGUCAUAACAUGCAAAGCUGCGGUGAUUUAUAAAUCUGGGGAGGCUCUGAAGCUGGAGAAGAUAGAGGUGGAUCCGCCAAAGUCCUCCGAAGUUAGGAUUAAGAUGCUAUGCGCCAGUAUCUGCCACACUGACAUCCUUUGCUGCAAUGGCCUUCCACUCCCUUUGUUCCCCCGAAUUCCUGGACACGAAGGUGUAGGCAUGGUAGAAAGCGUGGGGGAAAAUGUGAGAGGGCUGAAAGAAGGAGAUACAGUGAUGCCACUCUACUUAGGGGAGUGUGGGGAAUGCCUCAACUGCAAGUCAGGAAAGACAAACUUGUGCCAUGUCCAUCCCUUAGGUUUCAGUGGUCUGUUGGGAGAUGGGACAUCAAGAAUGUCAGUGGGAGGUCAGAAAAUCUACCACCACUUCAGCUGCUCUACGUGGUCUGAGUACAUUGUUAUUGAUGCCAACUACGCCGUCAAGGUUGACCCCGGGUUAGCUCUGCCACAUGCUAGCUUCCUCUGUUGCGGCUUUACAACUGGUUUUGGAGCAGCAUGGAAGGAAGCCAAUGUCCAAAAGGGUUCAACUGUUGCUGUUCUUGGUCUUGGUGCUGUUGGACUUGGGGUGGUAGAGGGAGCUCGAAUGCAGGGGGCAGCUAAAAUAAUUGGAGUCGACAUAAACGAUAGAAAACGUGAAAAGGGGGAGGCCUUUGGAAUGACUGAUUUUAUAUAUGCAAAAGGGUCUGAUAAAUCUAUUUCCGACUUAAUUAACGAGGCAACAGGAGGAUUAGGGGUGGACUACUGCUUUGAGUGCACCGGAGUGCCAUCUUUGCUCGACGAGGCAAUUGCAUCCACAAAAGUGGGACUCGGGACAGUGGUGUUCAUUGGUGCAGGACUUCACACAAGUGGAGAGAUCAAAUUCAUUCCACUCUUGUGUGGACGAACAGUGAAGGGCUCCAUCUAUGGUGGUGUAAGAACCCAGUCGGACCUUCCUACUAUUAUUGACAAAUGCAUUAACAAGGAGAUCCAACUAGAUGAGCUUUUAACUCAUGAAGUCUCACUGGCUGAAAUAAACAAAGCAUUUGAACUGUUGAAGCAGCCAGAUUGUGUCAAGGUUCUUAUCAGGUUCUGA